GGUACGUCAUUUUGAUGCCGGCUAAUUUCUUCACACUGCCGUCGAAAGUUUGCUCACGAUCGGGAACGGAUUUUGUGCGGAACGGAAGAAGUAUAGGCAGCACACACACACACACACGAGCCAACAUGGAAUCCGAUGCGAUGUAAAUGUUCGAGCGGUUGGGAGCAAAUUUUUGGAACGCAUUGGUACAGGUUGGCCCGUUUCCGUGCACGACUCGACGACAUGAAAUCCGAUACACGAAUCCAGUACCAAUCACACCAUCACGCUUACCAUAUGUUGCACGACACGCAGCAAGAAGCCACACCAUGAAACGGGACUGGGUUUUGAUUGAUGAGGGUUGUAAUUUAUGGCGUUCGUGGCAAAAACUGCUCAACAAGUACAAUUACAUUCAUUUACGCUUUUUUUUUCUUUUGCUCUCCGAUCCCCGUCUCGAUCCCGAGUUUGGUAAAUGAAAGUUUGUUACGAAAGUUUGCCGUGUCGGUGAUCGUUGCUGGUUUGGUGAAAGUUUUGUACGAACAGUCGUGUAGUAAGUUUUUUUUUCUAUUGAAAGUAUGCAGACUUCCCAAGUAGUUCAUCUAUUUAAGUCUCGUAAGCUUGUUGCAUGCUGUUUUUUGAAAUAGCUUUUUCAACUGCAAGCCAUUCUACGAACAGGAGAACAAUUUUCUCCUGCAUCCAUCACAGUGUUAUAUUUUCUGUACAGUUUGUAACACAACUAUAAGACUAACUUUUUCUUUAAUAAAAGAUAAAAUUGGUGAGAUAGAUCGAAACGAUGUUACACAAAGUUUCACAGCAUAUGACAAAAAAUCGUUUAUUUUUUUAUAUAUUUUAACACAUAAUAUAAGUCAUACGACUUGGCUGUCCUGUACAAAAUAAAACACUAUUACUGUAACAGGUCAUUUUGAAAAUAGUUCAAAAGUACAAUCAGUAAAACACAGUCAUGUCGAAAUAAAUAUAUAAUUGAUCAGUUUUUCAUGCUUGGUGAUUUUAUCUAUUAAAUCAAAUUCUAUUAAAUUCUGUUUUAUUUCCCGUUUUGAUUUCAAAUUUUGAAUUAAAAAACAUUACAAAUUUCAUUAAAUAUAAGGCGCUCCAACCGCUUCGUGGUUUUGGCGUGCUGCAGGAGGAUUCCUCUAAACCGUUUGCGGUCGAACGCCAUCGUCUACUAAUCCAAUAUACUAACCUUUCUGGCGGAUGCAUCUCCACCAUCACCCCAUCUUAAUUUGAGCCUACCAUGCCUUUUCUGUCUGUGAAGUGGACCUAAAAGAUCUUGAAGGGCUGGGUUGUUCGGUGUCAUUCGAAUCACAUGAUCAGCCGCCCUGGGCCUGACUAGAGACAACGUUACAAAAACACACUUUAAUGUUUUUAAAUUUCAUUCUUAACAUACUAUAAUGCCUUAAUUUUCGAACUGUGCUUCUUUUCUCACAACACAAAUACGUCAAAAUAAAAUGUGUACAAAAUUAAUACAAAACUGUUCAGCUCAAAUCAAACAAACCAACAAUACAUCGGACGCAAAAAUAUUUCGCGAAUCUUUAUUCAUUUGAUUAUGUAUCUCAUUUAACUGUCAUCAAUCAUAAUAAAGUUCCGUUCAGAUAAUGCCAACGAGAUUGACAUGCAUGAUAAUCGCUCAUAGGUCAGAUAACUGGCCAUUGUUGUUGUUGCGCCCGUAACAAGUGAAGCUUAUCCCGUCUACUAACAUUCUAUCAAAAACACCGUUUAUUCGUUUGCAUCCAUAUUGCGCAUUCAAUCAUAUGAUUUCAUGUAGCACAACUUAUUCCAUCCAUUAUUAAUUUUAUUCUAUCGAAUCAGAAUAAUAUAUUUAGUUCCGUUUCAACUUUUUUAAUCUCUGGUUUGUCUCAAAAAUACAAAAACUUAAUUUAAAACUAUGAGAAAAAAAUGGAACGGAGCGAAAAUCCGAGAGGCUGUCAUUAAAAAACAUAUUUAAGAUGUACAAAAAAAAACACUUUUUUCACACACAACACAAACUUUCCAAAAGUUCCAGAGAAAAAAACCCACACACAAUUCGCACCAAUCUUUGGCUCGAAACCGUAUCGCAACGGAAUUGGAAUCAUAAAAAUGUCUACAAUAUUGCAAUUCUGCAGCUGUGCGCUUACAAACAGGCUUAAAAAUGAAAUACUUUUUCUUCUCGCUUAUCUUGCAGGCCGACAGUAUUGGCAUUGUCAACAGUGCAGUGUUUCACAUCAUCCCCAACGAGUGUUUUUACUUUAUUUAUUUUCGUUAAAACAUUAAACCAACACCAUGGCCCGCGGGCACCAGGAACGGCAAAAAAAAGAUCCCAACACAAGCAAAUGUACGAAGUGUGAAAUGUGAUCUGUGUUGAGCCAUUGUUUACGGUGUGCAAGUAAAAAUGCAGCCAAAUAAAAACUCUUUUUUUUCGCGACCUUGUACAACUAUGGCAAUCAAUGUGAUUGUUUCGGAUAAGCGAGAACGCAUUGUCGUGAUACGCGAUGGUAAAUAAGACACGGACGGUAACGUUUGUUUCAAAACAGGUUGAAGUGAUCCUCGCCGUAGGAUAAUUGGGUCGACAAAAGGUGAAAGAUCGCUAUAUAAAUAACGCAAUAAUCUUGGGUCUGUUAACAUCCGAAGCAGGUGGUGUGCAUUUUUCACGGACGAAAUAAUCCUCGUAUUGUUCUAAACCGAACCAAAUCGAACCAAAUUAUAAUCGUUGCGAUAAUGAACGAUUCUAAAAUUACAUCGACCGAGUCAUCCGGGCUGCAUCAUCAGCUGCCGAUGCUGAUGCCGGACGGAACGAUGAGGAACAGCUCCUGGACGGAUCUGUUGAACUACACCUUCGAGAAUGAGGCACUGUACCAUGUCAACACAUCGACCAUCGAGCGGAUUGUGUCGAUGAUGGUACCGGUGUUUUUCGGCUUCAUUGGUCUGGCUGGAUUGCUCGGCAAUGGAUUAGUUGUACUAGUGGUAGCCGCAAACCAAAGUAUGCGAUCGACAACCAACUUGCUGAUCAUUAACCUUGCUGCCGCCGAUCUGUUGUUCGUCGUGUUUUGCGUGCCUUUUACCGCCGUCGAUUAUGUAUUGCCGGAAUGGCCAUUCGGAGAAUAUUGGUGCAAAUUUGUCCAGUACAUGAUCGUAGUCACGGCACAUGCCAGCGCGUACACGCUCGUUCUGAUGUCGCUGGAUCGAUUCCUGGCCGUAGUACAUCCCAUUACCAGCAUGUCGAUUAGGACGGAACGAAAUGCUUCGAUCGCCAUCUGUUUGACGUGGUUUGUCAUCCUAACGACCGCCAUACCGGUGGCCAUUUCGCACGGAGUGCUGUUCUAUCCACGUCAAGGCGGUUACUACACCGCAUGCCUUUUCCUGCACAACGAAGGCUACAGCUUAGUUGCCUUUCAUGUGUCAUUUUUCCUGUCAUCGUACGUGGUGCCUCUGUCACUAAUAUCGUUCCUGUACAUGGGUAUGCUGGCACGCUUAUGGAAGGGUGCCCCCGGUGGUCGUGCAUCAGCCGAAUCCAGACGAGGCAAGAAGCGUGUAACCCGGAUGGUCGUUGUUGUGGUGUUAGUGUUCGCUUUCUGCUGGUGCCCGAUUCAGGUGAUCCUGCUCCUGAAGUCACUGAAGCUGUACGAUCUGACACAUGCCAGCAUCAUCUUUCAGAUCGUGUCACACGUGCUGGCCUACACGAACUCCUGCAUCAACCCGGUACUGUACGCGUUCCUGUCGGACAACUUCCGGAAAGCGUUUCGCAAGGUCGUGUGGUGCGGUAAGCCUCCGCCACCCAACAUCCCCCCGGCCGCACAAACGAAAACUACGCGCACCACCGGCAACGGCACAUCGAACGCGGACGCCUUAUGAGCCGAGGAGCCGGCCGUCGACGAGAGCAGAUUUAUGGUGGAGAAGUACAUCGAAAUCGCAAGCGUCUGAGCGACGGCUCCCAUCCCGCCGAGCGUCCUCCUGCAUCUUCCAUUGCACGGAAGAGUUUCGACUUUUUCUAAACCACAAAUUUAGCGAGCAAGAGAUAGAGAUAGAAGGGAGGGAGAGAGAGAGAGAUAACGGCAACGCAAACCACAGACUGUAAAUAUUAAUUUCUUCUGUUGUACUGCUUUUGUUUGGUAAUGUACCAUACAACAGAACUACCAGGGAGAUAAAUACACUUCCCCAGAAGCAUCUUGUGAAGGAACAAAUAGAAUUACCUCCUACCAGGCAAAAACCCCACACUUACAAAACGGUAACAUCCCAUCGUAAUGGGCCGUUGGUGGAAAAAAGAAAACUUUAGCAUCCAACCGGACUGCAACAGUGCCGUACGGUUUAUUUCGGGUUCGAUACCUUGAACACUCCACGAGACACCGCAGAUAUUCCCUCGUCCGCCCGUUCGAAGAUCCCAGCCUAUCAGCCCCCCUGCGUUCUUUGGAUGGGCGAACGUCCGGCCCGGUACCAGCGGUGUUCGUGGACUGUCGCUAUCCGCCCAUAUAUCCGUCCGUUUCCGCUUCGUCCCUUCGCCCAUCCACGGAGCGAUCGGAUUGGCUGAAGUUUAUGGACAUACGGCUGAUUGAUUUCAGUGGCCAGCCGAGUGGCGAUUGAUUAGCGUCAAACAUUCAGCCGCUCGGAGCAUUCAGCCUGCAUCAAACCAAACGUAACAUCUUCGCUGCAGGUGGUCGAUAAGCAUAUUAGAAGGUAUAGCAAACAAACAAACGCACCGUCGCUCGGGAACCACUAAACGGUUUGCGGUUCGUGGUCUGUCCCUGGAGUAAAUCUUGCACGGUUAACAACGUAUGACAGCGGUUGUUGAUUGAUCGUGACUCACACGAUUUCAUUAUGUGCUCCAUACCGCCCACCGGGAGCAUGUAAUGACACUGUUUCGGAGUCAUUCAAAAUGGCCACCCAAAUGUGAUAACGCCCCAAACCUAAUCCGGCACCGCAUUUCUAAUCAGCAUGGCCAAACGCUACCGGGGAGUUACAGAACGGUUGCUAGGCGUAUCAACUGCACGGAACAACCGCACUCGGGGACGUUUGAUUUAGUGCCGUCGCCGCCAUCGUGCCGAAUUCGCAGCAGAUCGAUGAUUUCUAAUUAUAAGCCUAUUAAGUAGUAAAGUUCCGCUGUCCAGCAGCGCGAAUCAACUAACGGACAUAAUCGUACGGAUGAAGUUCCACUGUGUAAUGAUUAGAAUGUGCGCUCGGGGGAAAAAGGCGAAACGCCCCAUUAACAAAACGGCAAAAAGUGAUUUGCUUAUCGAUGCAGAGAACAACCAUUAAUCGCUGGCAGGCUGUAUGGCUUGUUGGCGAUCUAAUUUUGCUCCCCUUCCACCCACCCAAUCCAAAUGUACAAGCAAUCGAAUUCGAACGCACUAAACCCGGUGCUAAAUGAUGUGUAAAACGUCCCACCUGACAUUGAAGUUACUGACAAACAUCAACGGCAGGCGUGCAGAUGCGAGCGGCAAAUAGGCGUGUUGUAAGAUUUGCUACGAAAUUCCGACAUCUAUUUCGCGACAACCUGCUGUGGCAAUGGCGCAUUUUAUGGUGCCACAGAUCAUUAGCUCACGUUCAUCAUUGUUUGCCCACAGUACGCGUGCUACGCAGGUUGACGUCAGCGAUGAAGUUCCUUCGGGACGGCGGACGUGCUGGAAGUGGAAGCUCACUAAUUCACUCCAUGAGGUGAUGGAAGAGAUAGUAGAUAUUAAUUUAACACAAACGCACACAACAGCGGAUGCGUGUGUCUAAAAGUUCAAACAUUUUCCCGGUACAAUGUGUGCGUGUGCGUCCGAUCAUGUAAAUAUCCAAACAGGCAUAAUCCUCGAACGAAACAUCUCUCCAAUUCCGUACUCCGCAGAUGAAACUUCCAUUGUAGGUCGUUGUUAAACUGUUUGAUGCCAACACGGUUUUGUUGCCAUCUUGUUAGGUUUGUUGCCAAAUUUUUGGAAUGGGCGAAGCGAUAUUGGAAGUUUUUUAUUUAUGGAUGAAUGCAGCGUACGAAAUAGUAUUUUUCACUUUAGGUAAGGGUGUUUUUAUCAAUAAGAAGACGAAUUUUAUCUAACGCUAGUUAUAUUAACCAUAAAUUAAGCUACCAACUCAAAUGUUCGUGUAAGAAUAGCUAUGAAAUUUAUAUUUUAUCUCGAAUGUAAAAUAUAUCCUAUACAUAUUGUACUGUACAUCUGUCGCUCCAUUAUAUGAAUGUAACAAUUAAGAACAAAACUCUGCUGUGUAUCCAAACAAAAUGUGUGUUUCAAUAUGAUGUUUGAAUAAAUUUACUAAAAUUUUUAUUGGUCAUUCGUAACAAGCAU